GGGCCACUCCGCUGCGCUCGGAUUUCAGCUGGUCCGGGCGGAGUCCAUGCGGGAUAAAGGAUUUAGACGAAUUCAGUCCAGCUGAAGGGUUUCUAACGCGGUUUAGCGAGCACAUUACCCGCUCAACAUGACUACGACGACCAACUUCCAAGGCAUGGAGCCUGGUGCCAAAAAAAGCUCCAGGUUUGACAUGCAGUUUGAUGUGAUGUCUGGUGUUUUGAUGUGGAUGGUGCCCAAACUUCACCCAGCACAAAGCAAUGGGGCUGGCAGGCUUCCAGUGCCAUCUCAAACUGGGGUGUUGUGUCCCCCUGGCGGAGCCUCAAAUAUUUCCUUCGGCACAGAAGAGGAGAAGCCUGUGCGCAAAAACAAGAUGGUCUCCAGUAUCUUUGCUGAACCUGACGACCCUCACGCCCACCGGAGGAACAACCCACCAGGUGGAGAAGCGUCUGGUGUUCUGUGCGGUGAAUCCUCGGCUCCUCUGAGACGAUGCCAGCCCAUCAUCGUCUAUGAUAACGGCUCUCCUGUUGAUCAGCCCGCCAACAGCACGGAUCACAAUGAAUACGAGCAGGAGAACAACGAGGAGCAGAAAGAGGAAACCGCUCAGCCUUCUGCCCUGUCGGCUGCUGCCAACCCCUCUGGCCGGAAGAACCCACCUGGUGGCAAAUCCAGUCUGAUCCUGGGCUGAAACGGCCUUCACUGAACUUUCUUUGCUCUUUCGGUCUUUUCUUUCUUUUUUUUUUUUUUGUUU